GUCACUCUGGUAUUCUCUACGUUACGUGAAGGGGGUUGUGACAUCGCACAUCGGAUUCGUGAGAAAAAACGUCGAUACAUACUGUAAUACUAAAUGUAACUCGAGGUUACAGAGGACAGUUGAGGAUCCCUGGUUAUCUUUGAUAUCAUGAUUUCUUCCUGACUGUCAUCAUUGUCGUCGUUACAUAUCAGUGUCUCCUUCACAUUAUCCCCCACCAAAUUUACAGCUGAUGCGAUAACCGCGUUAACAAAAUAAAUUAUUGUAAUGCUACAGGCUACGUUGUGGUAACGUUCAGUUAAAGAAAAAAAGUUUUACGAUACGAGCGUGAGCAACAUUCAGUGAUAAAACAAAAACUCUUGCAGUGUAAGUGUGUACUUCCACCAAAACCUUGACAAUUUAUUAUUAUUAUUAUUUAAAAACUCUUGUAUGAAAUUAAAACAAAGGGAAAUGCAUUAAGUUUAUUUUAAAUAUAAACUCUGUGAAAUAAAUGUCUUUCCCUUUCACUGCCUCAUGGACGGGGUUUUUAAAUUUAAAACGACAAGGGAUUUAAUUAUUUGUGGUAAAUAUUUAUAAAUUUAUCAGAUAUUUGUUUUUAAAAAAACCGUACGUUGGCAUGGUAUACUUGAAGAGUGCUUGGGGUAUGGGAGAGACUGAUCCUAAGUGUUUAAGCACCAACUUGUCCCCGAUUUCAUCCUCGACCUCUUCAUCAGCGACUGCUUUUCGUCAAGAUCAUGAUGAAGAAGUUGCACUUCACCCACUCAAUAAUCAGGUUGGAGGACACACUCGUCUAUUACUCCUCAAUCAAAAUACAAUUUGCAAGCCAUUGAAUAAAAGAGAGCUGGACUUUUACCGAAACAUUCCUCAGGAUAUACAAAUGUUUGUCCCUAAAUUCAAAGGUGUAAUUCAGGCCUCCAGUAGUUGCGGUGAAGUUGAGAAGAGAUACAGCCCCAGUUUCAGAGAACCUGAAAAUUCGCCUCAUCAUCAGGCCCAAGUAGGAAAGGGUUCGACGAAACGAAAGCGAGAUGACGUUCUCAGAAUGAAAAUUCAUCGUAAAAAUAGUACAGUCGAUGUACUGAAACCUGAAUCACAUUUGGAUAAUGCGUCAAAUAAACAAUAUUUUUUAUUAUUGGAAAAUAUAACUGGUUGUUAUACACAUCCUUGUAUAUUGGAUUUAAAAAUGGGAACAAGACAACAUGGAGAUGAUGCUUCUGCUGAAAAACGCAGUAAACAAAUAGCCAAGUGUGCUGCAAGUACAUCUGCUUCUUUAGGCGUGAGGUUGUGUGGCAUGCAGGUUUAUCAGGCAGAUAUUGAUCAGUAUGUGAAAAGAGAUAAGUACUGGGGCCGUGAGCUGAACGAGGAGGGUUUCAAAGCCGCACUGUAUCGCUUCUUCCACAAUGGCUACUGCCUUAGAAUUCACGUGAUCCAACGGGUAAUUGCCCGGCUGGAAAGUCUUCGUCGAGCUAUCGAGAGACAGAGCAGCUAUCGUUUCUAUUCUUGCUCCCUGUUAGUCGUUUACGAGGGAUUUCAAAUGGAAGAUUACUCGAGUCGAUCAAGAAGUCCGCUGACAACACUCGGGGUUGAAGAAGAGUCCAACGAAUCCUCAAGUUUCGUUGAAAAUCUUACCCACGAUUCCGACAGUUUCCUCGACGGCAAUCACAGCAAUGCCUCGACGGAUUUCAACCUCGGUCACGAGGAAGUUAAUCAGUCGACCUUGCAUCGGGCUUUCGGCGAAGCCGCGGCACGUGGAGCCAAACACGCAACCGGUUUUUAUCCAAUAAAUGAAGAAACCGUUUUCAUGGAUCCCCCGUCUAAUUUAAUAAACGCGACUGUGGUGCCGAGUCAGGACUACGACAGCUGGACAUUCGAUGCCGCGGAGAGUAACAUGAGUAGUCAUGACGUCAGCACAUCCAGCAGCAGCAGCAGCAGCAGUGAUAGCGACAACGAGUACUGCUGCGUUGGUCAGCACACGAUAACAAAUUCCGAUGAUAUCAGCUCUGAUCUAGACCUGGGUGGGAAAUGUUCGCUGAAGAGAACGCGGCCAGGUCACAGGCUGGGGAUUUAUCAAGCUCAGGACCAUCAUGAUGAAGAGGAAGAGCUCAAAAGUGCGACCAAGAGACUAAGAAUAAAACACGACAGCAAAAAUCAACCUGACGAUGCGUUGGUCGAUAUCAGAAUGAUCGAUUUUGCCCACACGACCUUUGAACAUAAAAUAGCAUCAAGUUCAGUGGCAUGUCAUUCAAAUUCGACGGUGCAUCAAGGACCAGACUGCGGAUUCCUGACUGGUCUCGAUAGUCUCCGGCGAUUAUUAUUGGAAAUAGUGGCCGAAGGUUAAUAAUUAAAUAACUUUUAUUUAAUUAUAUUUUUAGUUUCAUGAGCCAUGAAAGGACAUGAUAAAGUUAUCUCUGAAAGAUAAACAAAGGAAGAAAGAUAAAUAAAAUAAAUGAAUAAAUUUAAUGAACGAAUAAAAUAUAAACGUGCUAAGACGGAUGUUAGACCGCGUGAGUCAUCUAAUUGCUGGCUCGGUGCCACGUACCGAUGAAGCUCCGGUUGGUCGCUCGGUUGCUCGGGUAUUAAAAGAUUAUUAGAUGAAUCAUUUAAACCGAUCUUACAAUUGCACAUGUCUGCAAUAAAGUGGAUUAUUCCUGAAUUUUAUCUCUGCUGUGUGGGACACGUGUAAGUAUUCCAUGAGAACAAGCUAUUGAUGCAUCCAUUUAUUUAUUAUUACUAUUAUAAUUAUUUUUUUUCUUUAUAUAAAAAAGUAAUAAAUACCCUAGCAGAUCCGAAUUACGGUAUUUUGCAGCGUUGGAGUAUUUGAAGGUAAUUUUCAGUAGGUACGAUAAUUUACCGUAAAUUUGCGGCAAUACAGGGAUAUUUUGUGGUAACAGUGCGAUAUUUUACUGUAAAAUUGCGAUAUUUCAUCGUAAACGUGAAGGUUUACUGCAAAAUUUGCAGUAGUUUACUGUAGUGUCGUAUUAUGUUUACGGUAAAUUGUCGUAAUUUACCGAAAAUUACCAGAUAUUACUAUAAAUUACCGCAAAAUGUGAUAAAUUUCCCACAUCAGUAUAGUAAUUUGCGGUAAUUUACCGUAAAAUUAAGGCAUUUCAUCGUGAACGUGCGGUUUUACUGCAACAUUUUCAGUAGUUUACUGUAAUGUCGUAUUGUGUUUACGGUAAAUUGUCGCAAUUGAUCGAAAAUUACCGUAAAUUACCGCAAAAUGUGAUAAAUUUCCCAUAGCAGUGUAGUAAUUACCGGUAAUUUACCGUAGAAUUAAGGCAUUUCAUCGUGAACUUGCGGAUUAACUGCAACAUUUUCAGUAGUUUACUGUAAUGUCGUAUCGUGUUAACGGAAAAUUGCCGUAAUUUGCCGAAAAUAGCCGGGUAUUACUGUAAAUUACCGAAAAAUGUGAUAAAUUUCCCAUAGCAGUGCAUUAAUUUGCGGUAAUUUACCAUAAAAUUUCGGUAUUUUGUCAUGAACUUGCGGAUUUACUGCAAAAUUUUCAGUACUUUGCUGUAAUGUCCUAUUAUGUUUACGGUAAAUUGUCGUAAAUGAUCGAAAAUUACCAAGUAUUAUUGUAAAUUACCACAAAAUGUGAUAAAUUUCCCAUAGCAGUGCAUUAAUUUGCGGUAAUUUACCAUAAAAUUUCGGUAUUUCGUCUUGAACGUGCGGAUUUACUGCUAAAUUUUCAGUACUUUGCUGUAAUGUCCUAUUAUGUUUACGGUAAAUUGUCGCAAUUGAUCGAAAAUUACCAGCAAUUACUGUAAAUUACCGACAAAUGUGAUAAAUUUCCCAUAGAAGUGCAUUAAUUUGCGGUAAUUUACCAAAAUUUUCAGUAGUUUACUGUAAUGUCGUAUUGUGUUAGCGGGAAAUUGCCGUAAUUUGCCGAAAAUAGACGAGUAUUACUGUAAAUUACCGCAAAAUGUGAUAAAUUUCCCACAGCAGUAUAGUAAUUUGCGGUAAUUUACCGUAAAAUUAAGGCAUUUCAUCGUGAACUUGCGGAUUUACUGAAAAAUUUUUAGUACUUUACUGUAGUGUCGUAUUUUGUUUACGGUAAAUUGCCGAAAAUUACUGGAUAUUACUGUAAAUUACCGCAAAAUGUGAUAAAUUUCUUAUAGCAAUGCAGUAAUUUAUCGUAAAAUGCAGCAGGUUCGCCGUAUGAACGCGGGAUUUUGCGGCAAAAUAUGAUAAUUUACGGUAAUUCGGAUCUACUAUGGAUAGAUAUUUGAAUUAUAAAUUAAAAAAUAUGUGAAAAAAAAUUAACCGUACUAGAAAUGUGAUAAGUUACGUAAAUAAACGUAAAUAAUUCACGAGCCUAUCAAGUAGAUGUUCGAUCGUUGAUAAAUAUAUUGAAUAGUUAUUUUGACUUGUAAUAAUCAAGAUGUAUAUAUUGUAAAAAUUUAAACUAAAGGAUCAGAAAAUGAAUGAAUGAAUGAAAGAAAGAAAGAAAUGAACAAUGAGAGUUAUGAUUUAAAAGAUAAAAAAAUGUGCACUGGUCUGAUGGCAAUAAUAUUUUCUUUAGACCGAUAAAUAUUAUUAGGAUUCAUUGAAUAAAGUGAAUUAUUGAUAAUUAUUAUUUUUAUUAUAGCGAAUGUGUUGUAUUCAAUAAAAUAUAAUAUUUAUUGUGUGCGGACAAAGUGGAUAAGGAGAAUAAAAACAAAAUAGUAUAUUGUGUGGCAAGAAUUAAACAAGACGAUUUCAGACGGAAGGUUGACUGCCAUCGCACGAAAUAAAGUCGUGUUUUAUUCCGCUGCGCACUAUAUUUUUUAUAAUUACUUGCAUUGAAAUCUGCGGUUUUUUUUCGGGAUCCUGUUUAAUUAAAUGAGAUAAUUAAUGAGCAAUUACGCUGAGAUUUUAAAUUAUCUGAUUGAAAAUUUGAAUUUUAUUUGGAGUCAAUUGAUAAUUUGUUACAUUGAUCAAUUUUUUUUUUGACCGGGCAAACAGGCAUACAAACUCGUAAUUUGAGGGAACUCUUAGACAGUAGCCCGCACUUUUUUAAAAUAUUCAAAGAUUUUGGGCAUUAAUUGAAAAUUUCAAAAAUUACUACAAAUGUCAUCAAUUAGAAGUUAAAAAAAAUUUCCAUGUGAAAAAUUUUUGAAAUUUCAAAUUUUGCGGGCUAAAAUUUACUUCCAAAUUUUGUUGAACUAAUUGAUAACAAUUGUAAGUAAUUUUUUUUCAAAUCUAUCGGCGAAAUUGUGACCACGUCCUUUUCUCAAUUAAUGCAUUGAUUUUUUUUUUAAUUAAUUAAUUAAUUAAUCGCCCGCGAUCAUGACAAUGAAAAGUAAUUGAAUAUUUUUAAAAAGCGCGGGCUUCUGUCUGAAAAAGCCCGCAAAUGCGAAUAAUUAUUUUUCAUUCUCUGCGACAAAUAAAAUUUUUUUUAUCUACAAAGAUAAGAAAAGUACAAUUUUUUU